GGACUGGAGGCCCAACCGCAAUUUACCGAUUAUCAGCAUAGACAUAUAUUAUAAGCGAACGCCACCCCACCCGUUGCACGCUAAUCGUAUGUUCCAGACCCCCUCCGACCUCACACGCUUCCUUCACAGUAGAACCCUGCUUUUCUCUGUCUGGUUCUCAUUUUUACAAAAACCCUAGUGUCCGUACCGAAUCUUGUCGCCGACUUCACCAUGGAUGCUGAUGAGAAGAAAAUGAUAGAUAUUGAGGAGGAGAUACGUUCUUUGCAGCUUGACUCGGCAGAAGAAGAAAAUAAUGGGGUUGUUAAUCCUGAGGAUGCAAAGGCAGAAGAAGUUGAGGAAGUGGAUAAGAUGGAGGAAGAUUCGAAGGAAGCUGUCCAUAAAGAGGCAGUGCAGGUUGAACAAAAAGUGAAAGAUAAGGAAAUCUCUGCCUCAGUUAAGCCAGUGGUUGAGAAGGAAUUACCCAAGAAGAGGCACUUGAAUGUUGUCUUUAUUGGCCAUGUUGGCUUCUAUGCUGCUAUCACAAAUGUUAUGGUGAUAGCCUCUCCGGUGCGUGCAUUGGAAACCAAUGUUUUUAAGUAUUGUGAGAGGAUGAAGGAACUUAGAAGGGUUAGUGCUUACAUGAAAGCCUUUUCAACUAGAAAUGAGAUUUCAUGGAAGGAGAUACUUUCGUCAGCAGCAAUUGAGAUGGUUUCACAAUUUAAGGAAGUGGUGAAUUUGGCUUUUUACUCAUUUUAA